GACGCUUGAUCGACCUAUCUCGGCAGCCGGUUCGAAUACGUCCUAUCUCUGCAAAUUUUUCAAGAACGCACUAUCUCUAUGUAAAUUCAAUAUAUCGGGAACUGAUAUAGGGCGUUUUGAACCAUUUGCUGAGAUAGCGCGUUCUUCAACCGAAUUGUGAAUUAGGGAGCUUUUUUUAUAGAGAUAGGUCGCUCUUCCACUCAGCUGUCGAUAAGAAUGUUGUUCUUUCUACAAAAUUCAACGAGUUGUCUGCAAAGGCAGGUGACAGGUUUCGCAACGCACUACUCUUCUCUUUUAUGUACAGUUCAGUCCCAAGAAUGCAUUGCCUUUCAAGAAAGCUCAAUACGAAUUUUCCUUUGACGCCAUUGCCGAGUCUUUUGUCAGCCGCUGACAUAUACAGCAUUUUGCCGUUACCAAAAAGUCCUUUCACAAUGCGCAUGUCACAACUCAAAGGAUAUUUUCUUCCUUAUUUGACGUUUCCCACUUUAUUGAAUCGUGUGCCAACAUAAACAAUGUGAAAAAAUAUUCUCCAAUUUAUUGCUCAAACAAUUAUUUUAUGAAAUUAUAAAUCACGUUUUAGUGAUGAAUUUAAUACACGGAAUUGUUAUCAUUCUCAGCGCUGUAGUAUUUCUUUUCUACAAACUCUCCAAACAAAGAAGUUCUUCGUUGCAAAACAUUCAGGCAUUGCGGCCACCCAAUCCGGAAACGCCGCAGCCUCCUUCAUUUUCACCACUAUACGAAUAUGAAAACGGUGCGGUGUGUUCCGACAGCGAUGUUUGCAGCAGAAUCGGCAGGGAUAUUAUGCAGAAGUCGGCAGGUAGCGCCGUCGAUGCAGCCAUUGCCUCACUCUUCUGCAACGGACUGCUGGCCAUGCAAAGCAUGGGGCUCGGCGGCGGUGUACUUAUAAACAUCUAUUCCAGCAGUGAGCAACGUGCCUAUAGCAUAUUGGGCAGAGAGCGCGCGCCACAUCAUUUCCAAUUACCUGCGACGAAUGUAAGCACCAUUUUUCAAUCGGCUUUGGGUAUUGCAGUGCCCGCUGAGAUUGCCGGCUAUGCGGUGGCGCAUCAACAUUUCGGCAAGCUGCCUUGGCGGCAACUGGUGGAACCGACCACAAAAUUAUGUCGUAAUGGUUAUAUACUCACCAAACACCAACGCGAUUCGGUAUAUAUAAAUGGCAAGCUGCUCAAAGAGAAUGCCGUGCUGCGCAAAAUGUUUGUAGAUCCAAAAACUGGCCAAGUGUUUAGAACGGGCGCGCAUGUACGGCCACCGGACGUGCUCUGUCGCACAUACGAAGCGUUGGCACGCGAUGGACCAGCAGACUUUUACCAUGGCGAUUUGAUGGAGAAAGUUGUAGGUGACUUGCGCGAGUUCGGCAGUCCCAUCAAUGAGUUGGACAUGCAAAAUUUGACAGCCGACUUAGUUUUUUCACCCAAUGUAACUUUGGGUCCGUACACAUUGCACUUCACACCGCCACCUGGCAGCGGUUAUGUGGUUGGAUUUGUGAUGAAAAUUUUGGAAAAAUUUCGUAUGAAGUUUGCUACCGUAGGCAAUCUCGAUGCCAAUGGGCUGCAUCGCAUCGUCGAGGCGCUCAAAUUUGGGUUCGUCGAACGUUGGAAGCUGGAUGUAGAGGCGCCGGAAGAGGAAUUAUUCAAUCUCACAAAUGCGACCUUUGCGCGUCAACUGGCUUAUCUAAUUGAUGAGGCGCGUACUUUCCGGGAUGCUACAAGCUAUGGCGCCAGCGAGCACUUGGUGACACGCACGGAGUAUGGUACAGCGCAUAUAUCGGUGUUGGCGCCAAACGGUGAUGCCGUAGCCGCAACGAGCUCGAUUAACUUCUAUUUUGGCAGCGGCAAAAUCGGCGCGCGCUCCGGCAUACUCUUCAAUAACGCAAUGUCAGAUUUCGCCAUUGACGGUUUACAAAAUUACUUUGAUCUGCCCAAUAUGCCGCAGAAGAAUCGCAUUAACCCCGGCGCCUCGCCCAUCUCUUCCAUGAGUCCCAUUAUUGUAACCGAUCAGAGCGGCGAGGUGCGUUUGGUGACUGGCGCUGCUGGUGGCACAAAAAUUAUCUCCGUUCUGGUGCAUAUCUUGGUGCGAAUACUUUGGUUGGAGCAGAAUAUUAAACAGGCUAUUGAUGCACCGCGCUUUCAUCACCAAUUGGAACCGAAUAUAUUCGAGUAUGAAUAUGGCAUAUUGCAGGAUGUUAUUAAUGCUUUGGAGGCGAAGGGGCAUAAGACCAAGCGGUAUAGGGAGCGUGGAUCUGCUGUUUGUGGUAUUGAACGUGUCGGCGGCAAAAUUUACGGAAAUGCCGACUAUCGUAAAGAGGGAGAUGUUAUGGGUUUCUAGAUAGUUUUGGCGACGUAGGAAAUAUGCAGCUUUGAGCAACUCCAUUUUAUUUUUAUAGUUUUAAGGAUAGUUAGAAGAAAAGAAGACUUACACAAAAGCUAAAAAGUAAUCGAACUAAAAAUCAACGCUUAACGAAGAUAAAAUGUUCAUAUUAAAAAGGUUUAAAAGUAUUAAAUAAAAAUUGUAUGCUACUUUAUCAAAGUUAGUUAACACGAGCAAUAAAACUUGCAAAUUUUCUUAAAUUAAUAUAAUGUGAUAUUCGAUUAAAAGCGUAGUUUAAUAUUUAAUUCAUCGAAAAGUCAAUAAGUAUUUAAAUUAUUUAAAUUUGAAAAAUGUCUAUUUAAAUGAAAAUAUUCCGAAAAUCUAAUACCCUCCAUAAACUUACCAAAUCUAAUUAAAACGUCAAGCAAUUUUUGUUCUCCUAGAAAGUAGGUUUUGUUUUUAUAACCUCGCAUAAUCAUUCAAACUCUAAUGUUUUGAAAUGAGCGCGUAAGGCCGAGGCCACGCAAUGAGCGGCAAAGCGGCGAGCCAGCUUUCGAUUGGGAGUUUAAAGUAAUUUUCUAACAGAAAAUGUGUUGAGUUGCAUUUUUUUUUUAUUUAUUGGAUGCUAAACUUAGUUUUAAGUCAUUUUCAACACGUGGCAAUACUAGUACUUUUUAAAGGCUGAUGGAAUUUUUCAGAAAUACGAGGUUUUUUACUAGUUUGUAUUUAUUUUUAUUACGA